AUGAUUGUUAAUAACAACCUGCCAGUAGCAGCAACAGCAGCCACCCGUGUCAAAGAAAUCUCUAUUCCAAUAUCUUGCCAUUCUCGGAAGCCUUGUGCUUUAGACUGGGCUGAGUCAAAGUGGAUAAGAUGGAUUUAUGUUUUGUUUUGGUGGUGGUUAAAUCCAAUUUUAAAUACUGGUCGUAAACGUCAAUUAACUGAUGAUGAUUUAUUUGAUGUAUCAUCAAAUGAUGAAUGUGGCCAAUUAUUAAACAAAUUUGAAACUGUAUGGGAAAUAAAUGAAAAUAAAUAUGAAUAUGCCAGUACAUGGAAAGUAAUCAUACAAACAUUUUGGAAAGAAUGUUUAUUAUCUGGUCUCAUUUUUUUUCCAUUUAUUGCUACAAAAAUAGCUCAACCACUGCUUUUAAAACAAAUAGUCGAUACAAUUAAUGAUAGUAAUAGACCUUCAUACGAAGGCUAUUUAUAUGCCAUUGGACUAGGAUUUGCUAUCGUUUUGCAAGCACUUAUCCAUCACCAAUAUUUUUUUCGUGCAACAAGAAAUGGAAUGCAUAUACGAAUUGCACUAUCAUCGAUUAUUUAUAAGAGAUUAUUGUCAUUGCCGACAAGCGCAAUUAGAAAGACAACAACAGGUCAAAUAAUAAAUUUAAUUUCAAAUGAUGUUAGUAAAUUUGAAGAAUUAUUUACUAUUAUUCAUUUUAUGUGGGCAGCACCAUUAGAAGCAAUCAUUGUCUUCAUUAUAAUUUGGAAGCAAAUUGGUAUUCCAACCUUAUUUGGUUAUGGUGUUUUAUUACUUUCAGUACCAUUACAGUUAUUUUUUAGUAAAAAAUUUGGAACAUAUCGAAAAAGUGCUGUUGAAUGGGCUGAUAAACGUGUAAAAGUGAUCAAUGAAAUCUUAGUUGGUUGUGAAAUCGUUAAAAUGUAUAGAUGGGAAGAAGCAUUAGAGAAUAUUGUUUGUGAUGCAAGGAAAAAUGAACUUACAGGUAUUCGAAAAGCAAGUCUAAUUCGAGCAAUUAAUAUGGGUAUUUUCUUUGCAUCUUUACCAUUAAUAUCGUUAGCCACAUUUGGUGGAAGCUGGUUAAUGGGUCAAGUAUUAUCGUCUGCAAAUAUAUUCAUGGUUUUAUCCCUAUUUAGCAAUAUACGAUAUCCACUAAUAGAUGAAUUACCUGUAGCUAUGGAGAAAUUAAGUGAAAGUAUGAUAGCAUCAAAACGUAUUAAUCAACUCAUGAAUUUAUCUAAAACGGCUCGUACAAAAACUGUCGAAGAGUAUUCAAGCAAUCAUUCUAGUCGUAUACCAGGUAGUAUAAUAAUGAAUAAAUCAUCAUUUACUUGGGGUUCUACUCAAUCUUGUGAAUUAAUUGAUAUUGAUUUAAAUGUAACUAAUGGUUCAUUAAUUGGUAUUAUAGGAACAAUUGGUUCAUCUAAAUCAUCAUUUUUAUCAGCUAUACUCGGUGAAAUGUCUCUUGUUCAAGGCAUUAGUAAGGUAAAUGGUAAGAUAGCAUAUGUAUCUCAAACACCAUGGUUAUUUGCUGGUACAAUACGUGAAAAUAUAUUAUUUUGUCAACCUUUUAAUAAGGAAAAAUAUGAACGAGUGGUAAAAGCAUGUCAAUUAAUUACUGAUUUAAGAUCAUUUUCAGCUGGUGAUUCAACAAUUAUCGGUGAAAAAGGUGUCAAUUUAAGUGGAGGACAACAAGCACGUAUCUCACUUGCUCGAGCUUUAUAUACUGAUGCUGAUAUUUAUUUAUUUGAUGAUCCAUUAGCAGCAGUUGAUUCAUCAGUUGCAAGAAGUAUUUUCAAACACUGUAUUAGUAAUGAAGGAAUUUUAAAGAAUAAAACUCGAUUGUUAGUCACACAUCAGAUACAAUUUUUAUUGGAAUUUGAUCAUUGUAUUUUGUUAGAUAAUGGAAAAAUAGAAAAACAAGGUUUAUUUAAUGAUUUAUUAACAUUAGAUAAAAUUAAGCAAUCUUAUCACAAUCAACAAGACCAUACAAAUGAACGUAAUCGACGACAUAGUAGUAUAAUCCCUGAUUACGAUUCUACAAAUCAAUCCGAGAUUAUCGAUGAAACUAGUAUUAUUAAAAAUGAAAUAUCUGUCGAUGGAGCAGUUAGUAUUAAUGUUUGGUCUAAAUUAUUUACAUCCAGUUAUGGAUGGUUUGGAUUAAUAUUGUUGGUAUUUUUAAUGUUAUUAGGGGAAGGGAUUUAUGAUGCAACAAAUAAAUGGUUAAGUAUAUGGUCAUCAAAGAUACAAAUAGAACAACGUAAAACACACUAUUCAUACAUAUAUUUAGGAUUAGUAAUUGGUACAUCAAUCAUUGCAUUACUUCGUGCUACUUAUUUUUUCCAUUUAAUAUUGUGUGGUGCAUCGACAUUACAUAAUGGUAUGCUCAAAGGUGUUUUAUAUAGUUCAUUAAGAUUUUAUGAAAGCAAUCCAGUUGGUCGUAUAUUAAAUCGAUUUAGUAAAGAUCAACAAGUUAUUGAUGAACUAUUACCAAAAACAUUUUUUGAAACAAUUCAAUCACUAAUAAUGGUAUUGGGUUGUAUUGUUAUUGUUGGGAUGUCUAAUCCAUGGAUUCUAUUAAUAUUAGUACCUAUUAUUCCAUUAUUUCUGUGGUUGAGAAAAUAUUAUUUAGGAUCAAGUCGAAGUCUUAAACGAUUAGAAAGUGUCAGUAGAAGUCCAGUUUAUGCAUUAUUUUCAUCAUCAUUAAGUGGAUUAAUGACCAUUAGAGCAUUUCGUGUGCAAAAUGAAUUUACAAAUCUAUUUAUGGAUAAAAUCAAUGCAAAUAUACGUGCACAUUUUUUAUACAUUUGUUUAGGUAGAUGGUUUGGUUUAAGAUUAGAUUUAAUGACAUGUUGUUUUACAUUUUUGACAGCCAUGUUAUCUAUUGCAUUACGUAAUACUAUAGAUGCAUCAUCAGUUGCAUUAAGUCUAUCAUACUGUAUUAAUUUAACGUGUCUUUUUCAAUGGGCAGUACGUCAAUCGGCUGAAACGGAGAACUUUAUGACUAGUGCUCAGCGAGUUGAUGAAUAUUCUCACAUUCCGUCGGAAUCAGAUUUUUACAAAGGACAAAUUGAACCACCAGUGAAUUGGCCAAUGGAAGGAAGAAUUGAAUUUAAAGAUUAUAAAUUAAGAUAUCGUCCAGAACUUGAACCGGUAUUAAAAGGAAUUGAUUUGGAAAUUAUUCGACAAAAUAGAAUCGGUAUUAUUGGGCGUACAGGUGCUGGUAAAUCGUCUAUAUUUCAAGCAUUAUUCCGAUUAAUUGAUAAAUCAGCAACAGAAGGUGAAAUUUUAAUUGAUGGAAUUGAUAUAAAUACAAUCAGUUUAAAUGCUUUACGAUCAAUAUUAAAUAUUAUUCCACAAUCUCCUAUAUUAUUCAGUAAUACACUUCGAUAUAAUUUAGAUCCAUUUAAACAUUACACAGAUGAGCAAUUAUGGAAUGCAUUAGAAGCUGUUCAAUUAAAAACAAAGAUUUAUGAAUUAAAAGAUCAAUUAAAUAUACAAAUAGCAGAAUAUGGUAGUAAUUUUAGUGUUGGUGAAUGUCAAUUAAUAUGUAUAGCUAGAGCAAUUCUAAAACCAAGUAAAAUUCUAUUAAUCGACGAAGCAACAGCACAUGUUGAUACAAAAACAGACGAACUAAUUCAACAAGUUAUACGUGAAAAAUUUUUCAAUCAGACUAUUUUAACAAUUGCUCAUCGUGUGAAUACAAUUAUGGAUAGUGAUAAAAUUGCUGUCAUGAAGAAUGGAUUCAUCGACGAAUAUGAUAUACCUAAAGAAAUAUUUAGGAAACAAAAAAAAUUAAUCAUUGAAAUGAAAAAUGACAAUAAACUAUCGUCCGUAUCAAUGUAG